UCGUUUCGAUCUAUUUGCUUCUGUUACAAUGAUUAGUUCGCUUACUAUUUUAGCUGGUCUAUUUUGCAUCGGCGAAUCGGGGUUGAUAACGCAUCAUGGAAGUACCGAUGACCAACAUUCAUCAAAGGCUACAUCUUACCAAAGCUUUCACAUGGAACAUUUUCAUGCCGUUCCCACUUACAUCAAAAAGGAAUAUAUCCAUCUUUUGGAUCAUCCCGUAUCGGUAGGAAAAACUGCAUCUAAUGUCGAAGUGCAUCAUGGUGCAGCACAUGAUCAUGGUUACGCCAUUGCGGAGAAUCACGACACCCCCUUAGAGAACACCGCAGGCGACCAUCUUGCAAAUGGAAUUUCUAGUGGCGGCGACCAUCAAUAUCAGUCUUACGAAUCACAGUCUGAAGCGGCAUCCGCCGAGGAAAGUCCACAAUUCGGGCAUUCUUAUGGCCAUGAGGAUGUAGGUCAACAGUCAUCGAACACUGGAGGUCAUUAUCAACCUACGAUGUACGUUUUGCAGUACCAGAAUGAAAAUAGCGACGGUCAUGAGCAGGCUAAUUAAUUUAGCCUUCUAAUUUAUUCGCCCCGAUUACGAAAAUCGGUUUAAACUUUCUUUAUUAGUUAUUUACUGCAGCCUUUGAUCGGCAUUCAUUUACAAAGAAAGUGAAAUUUCUUAUAGCAUACUGGAGUUAGUUGUUAUCUAAUACGCUAUAACAGAAGGAUAGUCUUUGA